CACUUAAUAAUUCCCUCUUUCUUUAUCACAAGCUCUUCACCCGCAAAUUUCUCUAAUCACAGUACGUCGUGAUUUAAUGUGACUUCCUCUUUGUUUAUACUUGCCAUUAUUUUCAUGUUUUUUAAACCAUAACUACGAUUUUGUAUUUUCACCCCUUCGUUUUCGGUAGUCUAAAGUUUUACUACACGGAAGUGUUUCUUUGUGAUGUUAAAUGCUGAAGGCUCGCUCGGUUUUGAACAGGAUUUGGUGUCUUUUAUUUAAUAUCUAAGACAAAGUAUUACUUUGGCGCUUAGAUUAGUCAUUUGCUUUGCAAGGGAAAUCCGGCAUUUUUCACUUGUUUUCUGCUUGCUUCUACAGCUAGUGCUUGGUUUACGCAAGUCACUUUUAACCGCAUAGAGCCCUAAGGUUAAGUGAUUUGUUUUCAAGGCAUAUUGGAAUUUGUUCAAAACAUAGUCUGUUAUUUUGCCAGAGUAACUUCCGAACCGUUAGCAAGAAAUUUGUUUUAAAACUGUUUAUCUCAUGAAUUCUUUCACGCGAAACGCUUGUUGAGGCACCUUUUAUAAAUAGCCCCAUCUAAGAAUUUGAAAGAAGUAAGCUGAUACUCAAGGAUUUCCAGAUCGCAAACAUUAUUCGAUAAAAUCAAAUUUCAUUUGGGAAAUGUGAUAUGGGAAAGCGAUAAAAUUGUCGAGUAUUAAGGAAAAACUUGUGAUCUUAAUGCCUAUGGUUCUUUUCCUUGUCUUUCGACAAAAGCCUCGUUGUUUUUAUAGCGACAAUUUUGCGUUACAACAAUAUACUCCGAUAAGGAAAUAGAUGGCGGUAGAUGGAUCCGCCGCUUUCUAGGAGGCAAUCAGGAGGCUUAUAGACAAUGGGGGGAGACAGUUUCUUGAUUAUCAAAAUACUCAAAUGAAUGAGUAAUACUUUAGAAAAAUUCCACGAUAGCCUGCCUACGUAACGAAACAAACACCCAUGGCCAGUAGCGUAAGCUCUGACGUCAUAUUGUUUUGAUCUUCUUCCGUUCAUUUACUUCCUUAAGUGGUCCUGUAUUGAGGGUGUAUUGGAUCGAGCGCAGUAGCAAAAGGCUGCACUCAUCAGACGCAGGGUAAAUGACUCGAGGCAAAGGGUUGGAAGUCGUAGAUACGUCAGCGAUGUUGGUAACUGGAUACCUCCUUCCUCCAGAGAAACGCGCUUAUUCUCUUGGCGGACCUUUACAACAAGGGCCUAAAAACAUUGCAGAAACAUACGUCACACGUUCGAGUUUGGACAGAUACGGACCUAUUGUUUCGCCAACUGUUUCGCCUACAAAAACGUACGAGGCCGUCAAUUCGUCAACAAAGCGUCCUUCUAUUUCGUCUUACAGUAAAGUAGAAUGCAAAACCGAGCAAGACUACGAGGCUGCCACUUUGAUAUGUUCAAUGAGAGACUCGAUAACUCCACCCGACACAAUGCGGAUGUCCUGGAUGUCAACCUUCUUGAAACCAGACCUUUCAAUUUCAAAGGAGCAUCAAAACUCUUUUGUGAAACGUGAGCCCUACAACCAUGGGUCAAGAGUGGUCCAGCAGCAAGCCGCUGCACCUGACUCAGAUAAACAAACAGGUCAGGACAGAUGUUCCUUUAUAAAACACGAGGAAAAUGCUAAGGAAUCUAGCAAUAGUUCUACGCACCACUCAGAUGAUACAGAUCACAGCGAUGGUGAAAACGAGGAUUAUUCGAUGAUUGUGAGGCCAAGAGAGCCAGGACAUGAUGCUGGGGAAGCCUCGGUCUAUGGAUGCAGGCUGCCAUGUUGUUCUCGCCCAGGAUACAGAACACAUUCGCCCGAAAAUGCGACCUACUCGCCUAUUAGAGUCCCCGCCAGGCGCCCAGGGCAAUACCCAUCGCCCCCACAUGUGGAACACGGGAGUACAUUUGGUCGCCAUCGUGAUAUCGGAAAGAGUGCGUUUACGGCUGUCAGUCCAGGGCAGAAGCGACACGAGACAGAAUAUGCGCCAGCAAGUAUGCCAUCUGUGAAAGUGCGAGUAAUCCAAGAGCGAAACUCUGAUUCAGAUAAUAUUGUGAACGGGUUCAGAGACAGCUCUCCUGUUAGCAAAGUGUUCUCAGAAAAAGUGAUGUUUCCAGAGGCUGUUCAAAAGAUUUCUGGGAAAAAAGAAGCAUUAUCAAACGGGAAGUUGCCCAAUGGCGGCAAUUUUCAUGACAAGACGGCUUCGCCGAAAAGCGAUGAUUUUGCCUAUAUUCGAUCAGCGCUGAUAAACAAUGUGAUUGGAACGAAGUCAACUGAUGAAAAUCAUGCCCCGGAGAACAAAUAUUCAAGUGACGAUUUUAUCAUACCGAGACCUGCAGCCUCGUUCAUAAAUGGUGUAGGUUCUAGCUAUUCAAGUACCUUUACCCCUCCGAACAGCAAUGGAUAUGUUUCAGUGAAACGAGAGAAUGCAACCAAUGGAUACACGACCUCUGCCGUACAAUGCUCUAAAGUUGACAGCACAGGUACAGAGGCUGAUGGUGAAAGCCGACUGCUAGAUCUAGCUCGAGUGGCAAACGAGCAUCUGGGCGAAGAAUUGGCCAAGCAACAGCCUGUCUUCAAACGAGUGAAACAGAAAUCGAAUGAUUGUCUCCAUUUGUGGGAAUUUCUAAGGGACAUCUUGAACAACGAUUCUAUGUCACCUAAAGCUAUUGAAUGGACAGUGAGAGAGAGAGGAGAGUUUCGUCUUAUCAAGACUGGCGUCGUUGCACAACUGUGGGGUCUUUCAAAGAACAGAACGUCAAUGACUUAUGAGAAAAUGGCUCGAGCCAUGAGAUACUACUACAAAAUGAAGAUCCUAGAAAAAGUACCACACAAGAGACUUCAUUUUAGAUUUGGCAAGCAUAUGCUGCCAAAAGUACUAUAAUGAAAGGCACUAGGGACAGAAUGAAGUUGUUUGUUGGUAUGUAUUUACUGUUAUGCGUUUGCAGAUGUUGAACUUCCCUGUAAUAUGUUCUGCAGUUUCUGGCCUUGCUACAUGGACAUUAAACGUCUUUAUCCAAUCUGCCACCAAUUUGAAGUGUUUUCCUGGUGAUGGUGUUCCUCUUCAAGAUAGAAAGAUGCUAUCUGCCCAGUAUCGAUUAUCAUUGUAAAGUGUGGCUUUGCCCUGCGUGCUCUACAUAAGACAGGGAUGUUCAAACAAUUGUUUAAUAGAAGUGUAUAACAAAUUCUAUUACUGGUUUAUUUAUGACCACUUAUUUAAAUAUUGGGUGAAGUUUAUGAUUGUAUUGUAUUACUUAAAGAAAUAUUAGUUGCCUAAAACAGAAACUUUAUUAACGUUUGUGAUACUGAAAAAGUGUUGCUUGAGGUAGCUAUAGUGUGGCCUCCGAUAAAAUUCUAAAAGUGUAUAUGAUAAAUGUGCAUAUAGUUAGACUCACAGAAGAUUAUAUUUAAAAUGUUAAAAAAGAACCUAUAUUGUAGACAAAGCUAAAGUUUAAACAGUGCUCCCGUUUGGGUCAUUUCUUAGUUUGACAGUCACUGCUGCAGUUUGACAGAUUUUGUUUGUCUUUUGACGUAUUGCAAAUUGUAACUUCUAAAGGCAGAUGAAGUCUUGCCUGAUUCAAGUUAGAUUUGCAAAAUUAUUUUCUGUUUCCAUAUGAAGAUUGAUAGAUUUCGUCCCUCAAACCAGCGAAAUGUUUUUGUCUUUAAUUUUUAACUGGUUUGAGGUAUCCGCAGAAACAGAAUUUUCAAUGAAACAUCCCGUCAAUAAUUUUAAGAAUUCAUGCUCUGUUUAUCUUGUUUUGUUUGUAUAACAGUGGCAACUUUUGAUAGUUUUGUAUUUUUAAUUCUUUCCCAUUGGUUUCUAAUUUUGUACCACACCAGGACUCUUUGUUGCCUGAUGGUGCUCCUUAUUCUGGUUGGCCUUUAUAUGGGUAGGUCAAGUUGGCAUUGUAACGUCCCGACAACCAUUGCCCCAACUUCGAAAACUGCACUCAUUCGACAUAUUGUUACAGUAGUUCCCAGACUCCUCCCCCUUCCAAUAGUUUAAUGAACAAGAGUCUUCUGAAUCCAAAUGUCACCUUGUUUUAAUCAAGCCUGAUUACUACUGAAUUUGUUUCCCAUUAUUUUCACUAAUUCGUUAUUGCCUUGCCUGACUAUGAAGACUUGUAUGCGAAGUUUAUGCUAAAAUAUAUCAGUGGUUUUGGUUUAAAUAAGGUUGAACUUAUUGACAUUUAGUUGCAUCUAUUCCAAAUAUCUGUUAUAAUUCUCAACAAAUCUAAAAGUUCUCUAUACGAAACUAUUUUAGGCUGGAUACAUUGCCUGAGUCCUUUCCCUAGACAAUCUGUAUUGGCCUCGUAAAGGUUUAUCUCUGUCUUUUCCCAUCGCUCGGUUUAGGCCCUCUUGUGCCAUUUUUGCGUAUAUCGUUUGUGUCGUGUUCAUUUCAAAAUGGCGUUGAUGUUUGCAUGUGUUUGAUGUGUGAGACUGUUGUUCGCCUUUACGUAGAAUGUUAUUUCUAUCGUUCCUUAUUAUGUCGAUGUAUUUUAUAAACAUGUGAAUAUUUAGACAUAUUAUGAGAAACAGUUUGAA